CACGUGGCCGGCCAUCAGCAACAAUUGGUUUCGAACGAAGUUUCCACUAUCCGCACCGUAUCGCUUUCCCCCCCCUUUUCUUCUUCCUCACAGACAAGCUAUAUAUUCACCCUGCGAUCCGGAUGGAUUUCUUCCGCCUACCACAUCCCUCGGCGUCGAAACCUCAGCACUCUGCUGUCCUUCUGCUCCUGUCCUCUCCAGCACACUUUGCUCGACCGUCCCUAUCGCGAUGAUGAUCUUGAGUGCCGCCAGUGCAGUUCUUUGUGCCACUCUUGCAGUUGCUCAGGCAACUUCAUCCCCAUUUGUCAUCGAGGAAGCGUCCAUUUUCAAGAUACAGAACGCCUUCGCAUCCGGGGCCCUUACCUCUGCCCAGUUGGUGCAGUACUACAUCAACAAAGCCUCUGACCCAAAAUAUCGUGCAUUGAACUCUAUUCUUGAGAUCAAUCCCGACGCCUUGGCCUUGGCUCAGGCGGCCGACAGCGUCAGAGCAAACUGCCAGAAGCAGGGUGCGUACUGCAACCUCGGACCGCUCCACGGCAUUCCGAUCCUUCUCAAGGAUAACAUCGGAACGGGUGACAAGCUCAAUACCACGGCAGCCUCUUAUGCUUUGCUGGGAUCAAAGACACAGGACUCGUUCAUAGCCUCUCAGCUCAGAAAGUCGGGCGCAAUCAUCUAUGGAAAGGCUGCAAUGUCAGAGUGGGCUGGGUGGAGAAGUAUGGCCCCCGAUUUCAACGGCUGGAAUCCCCGCGGUGGACAUGUCAUUAAUCCGUAUGUUACGGAUGCCACGCCAUGCGGCUCCAGCGCCGGCUCUGCUGUGGCAACCACAUCAAACUUGAUUACUGUCUCUCUCGGAACCGAGACAGACGGGUCCAUCAUCUGCCCAUCGGCCGUCAAUGGUCUCGUGGGCUUGAAGCCAACCGUGGGACUGACUUCCAGAACGGGCGUCGUUCCGCUCUCCCAUCAUCAGGACUCUGUGGGACCGAUUGCUCGAAGCGUCGCUGAUAUUGCCGCUGUCAUGGAUGCCAUUGUCGAGACCGAUCCAUCCGACCCUGCCUCUAAGGGUACUCAGGGCCGUAAGCCUGUCAGCUACACCCUCAGCCUCAUUUAUGGAACCCGCGGACUGGGCGGGGCACGCAUCGGCGUCGUCGAUAACACCUUUGACCCCGUUGGCGAUGCGUUCGAGUACGAUGUCGGCCAGCAAACCAUAUCAGUUCUGACCAAUCUUGGUGCCUUUGUCAAGCAUGUCAAUACCUCGAACAUUGACCUUUCGUUUGAAUUCGAGAAUCUGGCCACGGAUUUCAAAAUGGAUCUGAACCAAUACCUGACCACCAUCACCAACUCGCCCAUCAAAAACAUUGACGAUCUUGUUCAGUUCACACAAAAUAAUCCUUUGGAGCAAAUCAAGACAUAUGACCAAGAGCUUCUGCUCAAGUCCCAGAACAAAACCGGAUACUCUGACCCGGUCUACAUUAGCGGAGAGAACUCCCGCCAGCUUGCGAAGCAGCAAAUUAUAAAUCUCUUCACUCAGAAUGGUCUCGAUGUGCUCUACUCAGCCGGAGUCAGCACGUCGUUUAUUUCGAUUGCGGCUACUCUCGGUCUGCCUAUCAUCACUGUGCCAGUCACCACAUCCAACCUUUACCUUACCACCAUGUUCACCUCUGCCAAGCUCUCUCAAAAGGCGUUCCCGAUUGGCAUCUCACUCAUCGGGUUGCCUUACUCUGAGGGCAAGCUGAUUCAGUACGCUUAUGCCAUCGAGCAGCAGACCAAGGCUCGCUUCCAGCCUGGCUUUGUCAGCGAAGUCGGUGCUCCUUACCCUUGAAAAGGGCAUCUCGGACCCGGCGCUCAGCUCCACGAUGAAUAUUCGAGGAUCUACCCCAAGGCCAUUGCACACCUAUCGCUAUCGUCUUGGCAAACAGAGUCGCUGUUGAAAUCACAUAUGCCCGCUCCUCUCGUAGAGUGGAAGGCGACGUCCUGUCUUCGCGAUGGAACGACGUUCUCGUAUCCAAAUACAAAUACAAAUAUUGGCAAACGAUUCAUCCAUUCCGGCGGGUAGUUGCGGCGCAGAUGGUGCGGCUCUGGGUCCCGAUCGCAGUUUUGCGGCCAACAGCUGCGUGAUUAGUGAAUGAUGCUUCAGGAUAUACUGCGAAUCAUGAUCACCUUGUG